AUGAGCGCAGAGGAGCUGACGGCAGGGUUGCCAUGUCCUGCUCCUGCUACUUGUACUGCUAUGGUGGACCGCAUGCUCCGGUUCCUAGCUUCGCACAGCGUGGUCAGGUGCGCAACUGAGUCGGAGUUGGGCCCCGAUGGCAAGAGGUGCCGGCGCUACGCGGCGGCACCGGUGUGCAAGUGGUUUGCAAGGGGCGGCAGCGUGGAGUCAGUGGUUCCAUUGGGGCUCUUGAUGCUAAGCAAGACCUUCAUGGAGAACUGGUACUACAUAAAAGAUGCAGUGUUAGAGGGAGAAACACCGUUUCACAAAGCAUACGGCAUGCCAGUGUUUGAGUACCUUGGUGCAAACGGGUCAAUGAGCACGUUGUUCAAUGAGGCAAUGGCGAGCCAUUCGAUGAUCAUAGCGAAGAGGCUAGUCGAGGUCUUCCGUGGCUUUGAAAAUUACACUGUGCUCGUCGAUGUCGGCGGCGGCAAAGGCACCACGUUGCAAAUGAUUAGAAGUCAGUAUGAGAAUAUUAGUGGCGUCAACUACGACCUGCCUUAUGUAAUUGCGCAGGCAUCUCCAAUUGAAGGUGUGGAGCAUGUUGGUGGCAGCAUGUUUGAUAAUAUUCCACCCGGGAAUGCAAUUAUGCUAAAGUGGAUUCUCCACGAUUGGGGCGACAAGGAGUGCGUCAAGAUCCUAAAGAAUUGCUAUACAGCUCUCCCGGUGAACGGAACGAUGGUCAUUCUGGAGUACAUCCUCCCGGAGACACCAGAACAAACACUAGCAGCGCAACUAGCGUUCGACCUCGAUCUCGCGAUGAUGGUCCAGUUCGGCGCCAGCGGUAAGGAGAGAACAGAGAAGGAGUUGUCCGAGCUCGCCAGAGAGGCCGGCUUCUCUGGAGGCUGCACGGCUACAUACAUCUUCGCCAACGUCUGGGCCCUUGAAUUCACAAAGUAG